AUGUGCGCGAGAUAUAUCGGUGAAAGCACUCUUCAUAAUCCUGCAGGAACAUUCUCUGGGACCCGAGUUAAUCCAGGAAAAACAGCUAGCCAGUAUUUGAGUUUCACUAGUCUGCCACCUCGCACUCCUUGGCGUCUGCGUUUCCUGGAAAUCAAUGCCCUUACCCGCCACAGGUGCGCUGGCACAUUCGCCAGGUUUAAGUACAAUGAUGAUGAAACACAAAAAAUUUCUAAAGUGAGGUUUCUGCUGAGGAUUUGUGAUGCAGCUGUAAAUAAUGACAACAAUACAGGAACAAAAUUCAUUUCUCGGCUGUCAUCUGUGUGCAGUUACAAAACCUUCCCUUAUCAUGAGAGAUGGAUGUUUGAAAUAAAACAGAGUGAUUUCCUGCUGGAUCUUUACUCAGAUGUGAAGGACUAUGAGAGUCAAACAGGCAGGAGUUUACUUCCAGCAUUACAGUCAGUUUAUCAGUCAGCACCUGAUGUCUGGGUCAUAAAUCUCUCAAAGAGAAAGACCUCCAUCCUCCUGGAAGUGUUGAAGCUUCAAACAGAGAAGAAACCAGUAGAGCUGAGAUACUACACGGAUGAAGAGAGUCAAGUGAUGAGUUUACUUCACUGUCUGCCAUACAUCUCACAACUGAGAUUGAAUCAUUUUAAUAUCAGUGAGGCUGUAGCAUUUGUGUCAAAUCUCUUCAUUAAAGCAGCAGAAACUGAGAGACACACAGGAGAUCAGAUGCUGAAACAGUUGACAUCAGUCUGCACAUACAGAUCUUUUCCUUAUGAAUAUGAUAAUGAUGCUGCUCAAAGUGAUUUCCUGCUGGAUCUUUACUCAGAUGUGAAGGACUAUGAGAGUCAAACAGGCAGGAGUUUACUUCCAGCAUUACAGUCAGUUUAUCAGUCAGUAUGGGUUUGGAUCAUUGAUCUCUCAAAGAGAAAGACCUCCAUCCUCCUGGAAGUGCUGAAGCUUCAAACAGUGAAGAAACCAGUAAAGCUGAUAGACUGCACAGAUGAAGAGAGUCAAGUGAUGAGUUUACUUCACUGUCUGCCAUACAUCUCAUUUCUGAGAUUUAGAUUUACACCCAUGCCCAAGUGA